AUGAAUGAAAAAGAAAAGAAAGGACAUCAAAAAUCUGUCGAACCAGCAAAAGUUGCUUGUUUGAGCUCUUCUACAAGUUCUGAGAACUGCUUACCUAAAUACAGCGAAAUCCCAUAUUCUCAUGUUGACAAUAUGGAGAAGGGUAGUUUACGUUUACAGUCCGAUCCAGAUCCAGCACCAUCAUACUCAAGAAGACGACAUCAAGAAGCUUCUAGUCGCAUGGCGCAAGGAAAUGGUCCCUCGAAUUCUUUACGGGUCUGUAAGGAGAUACUGUGGUUAAUUUUCUGGCCGGCAAAAAUUGCGAGAAUCCCGGAAGCACAACGGAGACAAGAGAAUGAAGCUCUUCGGCUUGGUUGGUGCCUUAAUGGUUCAAUUAUAUUGAACUUUAUCUUUUCUUACAAAUACCUUGUCCCCUUUAUAAAGGAAUCAAUGAAAGAAUCUGUAUGGUUAUGGUUUCAAAUUACAGUAGCAGUUGUUCUUGUCAUCGCGACUUUCUACAUGUUCUUAUUUUUUUGUUCAUUGUUGGUGGAUUUUAUCGUUACACUGAUUCCUCUAGUCCUUUCUGGAACCACUAUGCUUGUUUCUGGAAUAUCUUCAUUUCUUUCUUCGCUUUUUUCUGGAAUAUCUUUAUUUCUUUCCUCGCUUUUUUUUGGAAUUAGUGCGCUUUUUUCUGGAAUAUCUUCAUUUCUUUCUUCGCUUUUUUCUGUGAUUAUUAGUGCUCUAGGCUUCAGAAUGCCCAUGUCGUCAGAGCCUGAAUGUCAAUUUAAUAAUAGUAGUGAUAAUACUUUCGAGCAACCGUCUACUGAACAUUCUGAGCAAUCUCCAGGGUUACGCCGGGGACCUGGUCAGUCUAGGGAUGUGGAAAGUAGUAGGAGUUGA